ACACACACACACACACACUCUCUCCUCUCUCACCUACACUUCUUCACGCAUCUCCUCUGAUUAGCCAUGGCGACGGAGAGACCAAACCCUAGUCUCCUCUCUCUCAUUGCCUUCUCUCUCAUCGCGAUCGCUUCAGCCGAAGUCUUCUUCGAAGAACGUUUUCACGAUGGUUGGGAGAAUCGGUGGGUUAAAUCUGACUGGAAGAAAGAUGAGAAAAUGGCUGGGGAAUGGAACUAUACUUCUGGUAAAUGGCAUGGAGAUCCUAAUGAUAAAGGCAUCCAGACCAGUGAAGACUACAGAUUCUAUGCUAUAUCAGCUGAGUUCCCUGAAUUCAGCAACAAGGAUAAGACAUUAGUUUUCCAAUUUUCCGUUAAGCAUGAACAGAAGCUUGACUGUGGUGGUGGCUACAUGAAGUUGCUUAGCAGUGGAAUUGAUCAAAAGAAAUUCGGUGGUGAUACCCCAUAUAGUAUCAUGUUUGGUCCAGAUAUCUGUGGCUACAGCACCAAGAAAGUCCAUGCUAUUCUUACAUACAAAGAUACAAAUCACUUGAUCAAGAAGGAUGUUCCUUGUGAGACUGACCAGCUGACACAUGUCUACACAUUCAUCCUCCUCCCAGAUGCUACCUACAGAAUUCUUAUUGACAAUGUGGAGAAGCAAACUGGUAGCUUGUUCUCUGAUUGGGACCUGUUACCACCAAAGAAAAUCAAGGACCCUGAAGCCAAGAAGCCUGAAGAUUGGGAUGAGAAAGAAUUCAUUCCUGAUCCUGAAGAUAAGAAGCCAGAGGGUUAUGAUGAUAUCCCAAAAGAGAUUCCAGAUCCUGAUGCCAAGAAGCCUGAAGACUGGGAUGAUGAGGAAGAUGGUGAGUGGACACCACCAACAAUGGCUAAUUCUGAGUACAAGGGUCCAUGGGAGGCAAAGAAAAUUAAGAAUCCCAACUACAAGGGAAAGUGGAAGGCACCUAUGAUUGACAAUCCAGAAUUCAAAGAUGAUCCUAAUAUAUAUGUUUACCCGAACUUGAAGUAUGUGGGCAUCGAAUUGUGGCAGGUAAAAUCUGGAACCCUGUUCGACAAUGUCUUGAUUUGUGAUGAUCCUGAGUAUGCAAACAAACUGGCGGAGGAAACAUGGGGCAAACACAAGGAUGCUGAGAAGGCCGCAUUUGAUGAGGCUGAGAAGAACAUGGAGGACGAGGAAUCAAAGAUUGAUCCGGCAGAUUCUGAUGCUGAUGAUGAAGACGAAGAUGAUGAAGCUGAAGUAGAUCCUACUGCCGAUGCUAUUGGUGAUGUUGAUGACGAUGCUGAUGAUACCUUUGCUUCACCAAGCAAAAAGAAAGAUGCUGCUGCUGCCAUUGAUGAUGAUGCUGAUGAUGCACAUGAUGAACUGUAGGGAGAGAGAGAGAGAGUGGUAGUAUACAAUGUUCGGCAAUUCAUCUAGAGAACUUGAGCUUUGAGGUGCUUUUUUUUUUUUCUUUUAUUUUUAGCUUCAGUAUUCUUCUUUGUCUAGGUAAAGAAACAUUGGAGGCUGCAUGCAAGAACUGUGGCUAAUUGUAAUUGCGUUUUACUCCUUUUUUUAUUUUUAUUUUCCUUCCCUUCCCAUCUCAUUUUGACUCCGGAGUAUUUAGAACAGAAGAGGAAAUUGUCUGAUUUUGAUUGAUGAUAACAUGAAAUAGUUUGGAGUUGAAAUGGCCACUUUUUAACAUUC